UCAACACCAUUUCGAUAUCCAUCCUUAGGCUAUUUGAUUAAGGUAAAAAAUUGAGCCAGAGUCCUGAACCCUACUCAUGAUCGCAGAACACGUGUUGGUGUUAAAGAAUAUUUAGCUGAACCACGGUUCUGGCAGUAAAAUGUUUGCUCAUCUACCUCUAGAGUUCCCCUGUUAUGGAGCAUUGCUGUUGUCAUUGUCGGUAUAUCUUUAUUCAAAACUACUACUUUUAAUUUUUUAUUACCCCUUAGCUAUGGACUUGCACUGCAGCCAGAAAUGUUUUAGUUUGGCUUGGUAUUCUGUUCAAACCUACUUUUCUUCGUUUUCUUCCCCCAUCUUUUCCCUCCUCAUUCUGCAUCUUUAAUUUUUGAGGAUAAUAACUCCUUACCCUUCAAGAGCAGUUUUGGUUCAUGCCUCUGUUUUCAGUUUCGCUUUUUGUUUGUGUGUUCCUCAAUCUUGGCAAGUGUUGUUUAUUGGCCUGAAGACAAAUCUUUGAAUGCUGGAGAGUGGAGAAGAGACAAGGUACUAUGGUCUGUAGCAACAAAGAUCGGGUGGUUUCACCUGCAGGAUCCAAGGUAAGUGCUGUUAAUGAUUCAACAAGUUAUCCUGCAAAGUGUCUAUAGCAAAAGCUUCAAGGAUUCUCAUUGAAGUAUUUGACAACAAAUUUUAAACAUGAUGGAAAGUGAACACAAAGAAUCCCCUUUUGCAUCCAUACCAAAAUCAGCCAUACAGAGCAGCAGACCAAGCAGCAUGGUUGUCAAGAAAGCACAUACUGUUAUUCCAGCGCAUAUCGUAGCUGAGGCCAUAUCAACACUCCACGGUCUUGAUCUCAGAUGGUCAGGUCCCAUCACAAACACUGAAAGGGUAUAUGUUGAACAGUAUGUCUUGGCAAAAUACCCGCAGUAUGCAGGACAAGUUGAAAUAGAAAAUAUGGAUCUCUCUAGUCUUUGUAUCAAUGAGGAGUCCUCUGAGCCCGCACCUGAUGAUAAAAGAAAAUCAUCUAAAAGUAAUUUUAGGGAGUCCUCCACACCUUCCUUUGGAAGCAAUCUUCCCGACCUGGACAGGAUCCAAUUGGAGGCAUCAAGACUGCUCGAUAUCCUGACCAUGAAAUCUUCCUUUCCUGGAAGUUUCAUUUCAAUUCCUGAAAUCCAAGCUCAAAACAAAGUUUUGAAGCACUGCGGGCUACAAGAUGAUGACUAUCUUGUUCUGUUUACUCCAAACUACAAGGAUGCGAUGAUGCUAGUAGGAGAAAGCUACCCUUUUUUCCGAGGGAACUUCUACAUGACCAUCAUUGGUGAAGAUAUGGAUUACAUAAGGGAGUUUGCCAUUUAUAAGGAAGCAAAAGCUAUCCUGGCCCCUGAAUCAUGGUUGGAUCUGAGAAUCAAGGGAUCACAACUUAGCCAGUACUUUAGGAGGAAGUGUAAGCACAGCCCGAAGGGUUUGUUCUCUUAUCCAGCUGAUGUAAACGGAAUGCGUUACUCGAUGCAUUGGAUUUCAGAAGCUCACAGGAAUUCAUGGCACGUUCUGCUCGAUGCAACUGCCUUAGUUGUGGGACAGGAUCGACUGAAUCUUGCACUUCAUAGACCUGACUUUGUUUUGUGUAGUCUGGAGAAUACACACGCUCAACCAUCAAGGAUAACUUGCCUUCUGGUUAGGAAGAAAUCUUUUGAUACUACGACAUCUUCAUCUCAGGUCACCGAGUGAAAAGUGAGAUUAGCUUUUGUGAAUACAUCAUAUGUUUAAAUUAGUUAAGCCAUAUCUAUACCUAUUUUGGACUUAGGAAAUUUACAACAAAUUAAAGGAGUUGGGUCAGGGAUCAUGCAAAACCUGUCUAAUUGAUGCUCCCCAUAUAUGAAAUGCAAUUAUACAACUAUGAUUGAAUUAUUGGAUGAAAGAUCACAA